AUGCUCUUUCUCGUUGGAAUUCCCCUGCUUUACAUGGAAAUUGCUGUCGGAAUCAUUUCAGAGCGCGGGCCGAUUGCCUCGAUGAAGGCUCUUUGCCCGAGCAUGAAGGGGGUUGGAUAUGGAAGCGUGAUUCUCUCGUUUUUCUACGCUGGUUAUUUUACGACGAUUAUUUCGUAUAUUUUGUACUAUCUCGGUGCUUCGCUUACAAUCAAGCUUCCUUGGGCAGAGGAAAAUGAACAAUUUUUGAACUUGGAUGUCAAUGAUACCAGGCCCUCGAGUAAAAUCUACUUCGACGACAUCGUCCUUCAAAAAUCAUCAUCAAUUUCCGACUUUGGCUCGAUUCGCCCUGAACUGGUCCUUGCUCUCAUUGCCACUUGGAUCACCAUCUACUUCUGCAUCUUUCGCGGAACAGCUUGGAUCGGCAAAGUUAUUCAUUUCACCGCAAUCAUGCCCUACGUCAUUCUCGCUGCGUUAGCAAUCAGAGGCUUUACUCUUCCUGGAGCUAGUCUCGGAGUUCAAUACCUUCUCGGCCUCGGUGGCAAGUGCGAUUGGUCAUUGCUACUGACAGUUAAGCCCUGGGUGACUGCGACGGCUCAGACUUUUGGAUCGAUUGGGAUUGCUUAUGGCUCGAUGAUUCAUUACUCGGCGCUAAAUGACAAGAAAUCGAGCAAAGAUAUCUUCCGGGACACCUUCAUCAUCGCCAUUGUCAACAGUUUGACAUCAGUCGCAGCUGCCUUUAUCAUUUUCUCCGUCGUUGGCAACAUUUCUUACACAACUCAAACCCCCAUCGCCGACCUUGGUCUUGAAGGAAUGGAACUCGUUUUCGUUUCAUAUCCGAGAGCAUUGGCCAAGAUUCCUUUUGGACCGUUUUGGUCCGCUUUGUUCUUUCUCAGCUUGUUUUUGCUCGGACUGGACUCGGUUUUCGCCAGCGUGGAGGUUCUUAUUGGAGGAAUAACUGAGAAAUUUGGGCAUAAAAAAUGGUGCGCUCGGGAAAAAAUCACUCUCUACAUCUGCUUCUUUCUUUGCCUCCUGACGCUGCCGAAUAUGUUCCAGGGUGGAAUAUAUUUCUUCAAGCUUGUCGACUGGUACACUUGCACCCAGUCCACCUUCUUCAUUGGUUUCUUCGAAGUAGUGACGAUUCUGUACUUCUACGGCGUUGAAAAUCUUACGAAGGAUUUGGAGAGGGCAACCGGACAUAGAACAGAAGAAUACUUGAAGAUUGUGCUAAAGUAUAUUUCGCCGGUUUUGGUUGGAAUCAUUACGAUCGUCAAAUUUUACGACGCGCAGCCGAUCAAAUACGGGGAUGUCGAGUAUCCUUCUUGGUGUCUGACUUUCGGUCAGCUUUUGAGCUUGAUUUCGAUUUCCUCCGUCCCCAUCGGCUUCAUUCAUCAAAUCUGGUCCUCUAAAACCGCGAGGGAGGAGCUUUUCGGCGCGAAGAAAACGCAACUUUAUGGACUAAUGAGCUUCGAAAUCAAAAACGAGGAGAAAAAAAUGAGCUUUGAAAAGAGCCGGCUUGAACCACACACUCAGCACGAGCACUCUAACAGAACGCAGCCAACUGCCAUCGAUCAAUACCGAAGGUUUCCACUCCUCUAUCCUCGAACUGGAAAAAUCGCUCAAAAACACUGA